AGUUGAUAUUGAGAUGCACAUGACAUUCUUUUAAAAGCAAUCUGGUAACUUCUCAACUGCUGCAAGAAGGAAAAGAUGGCAACACAAGGAGUGAAGAAGCCAAAAUCUCUGGACGAAAUUAUCAAAAUAAUCUAUAAAAAAACCACAUCUGAUGAAAUCAUCAUCAAGGAUGAGCUGCAGAACAUCUUGGAGGCUUGCGAAAGCAACCCUGACGAGUGGAAGAGAUAUGCCUAUUUUGACAAAAACAGGUACACAAGGAACUUGGUUGAUGACGGCAAAGGAAAGUUCACUGUGAUGAUCAUCUGUUGGGGAGAAGGAGUCGCCAGUGACAUCCACGACCACCCCAAGUCCGACUGCUUCAUGAAGAUCCUGCAGGGCCACGUCAAGGAGACGCUCUUCGACUGGCCCAAAGGGAAUGGAUGCAAGAUGACUGAGAGGUUUCACACAACCCUGAAGGAAAACCAGGUGUCCUUCAUGGAUGACUCCGUGGGCUUGCACCGUGUGGAAAAUGUCAGCGACACCAAGUGCGCAGUCAGUUUGCACAUUUACAUCCCCCCAAUUGAUCGUUGUGACAUCUUUGACGAGCACACCGGCCAAAUGUCAACAAUCAAAUUGGAUUACGAUAGCAGAUAUGGAGUGAGGACUUAAUCUCACAACAGCAGCAACGGAGAACAACUGAUUUCCAACAGACACUCUGUAGUUCUGUUUUUAAAAGGCUUUAUUUGUAGUAGUUGUUGUCUUUUGACUAUGCAAAUUGUCGCAAUAUCCGGGGCUGUAGGUUAGUUCUAAAAGACAUCUCGCUGAUUAGGAUGGCUUUAUAACUGCUUUAUAACUUCUUAAAUGAUAUAGUCCAUGGACAUGUUCCUUAGAUGGAUGGCGAUCCAAAUUUCCCUUGCAGUGAAGCACUUUUUAUUUGUCUUACUGUUAAUCAAUGUCACUCAAAAUUACCUUAGUAUCUGUUUUAUUUGUGACUAAAUUCACAAAGUGUAGGAGUCUAAUUGAAGAGAGUAGCACGGUAGCACAAAAAAUGAAGGCUUUAUUUCUGUGGUGUAAUGAAGAAAUGAAUAAUGUGAUCCCAAUGAAGA